AUGCUUUACCUGAAAAAGUACUUCACAGAGGGCCUGAUUCAGUUCACCAUCCUUCUGAGUCUCAUUGGGGUGCGGGUGGACGUUGACACCUAUCUCAGCAAUCAGUUGCCCCCGUUAAGAGAGAUCAUCCUGGGGCCCAGCUCAGCCUACACCCAGACGCAGUUUCACAACCUCCACAACACGCUGGACGGCUAUGGGAUCCAUCCAAAGAGUGUGGACCUGGACCAUUUUUUUACUACACGGCGGUUGCUAAACGAGGUGCGCCAGCUGGAUCGCCUCUUUGUGCCCAGUACCGAGCUCGAUACCUGGCUAGUGCAUCGUGACACCGAGACCGUGGUUUCAGCCAGCAGUCAGUCCAGCCCCAGUAUAACCCUGGACAAUGGGGCCAGCCUAGAGGACAUUAACAACAUAGACCCUACCCCGGCCAUGAGGGGAGGAGGUGGAACACCUGAAUCCACGUACAACUUGAACGCAGCGGACAGCAGCCUGGGAGCCGUGGCCCCAGAAGGAAACCAGGAGCAGGGCAACAGAAAUGGCAACGACGACCUCACCAAAGAGGACAUUGACUUGAUAGACAUCCUAUGGCGACAGGACAUUGACCUUGGUGCUGGAAGAGAAGUGUUCAGCUACAGCAACCGUCAGAAGGACACCGAGGAGGAGAAGCCCAACCCUCAGGAGAACAAAGAUGGCAACGAGGAACAAGAGAGCUGGAGGAACGGCAUAAACUUACAGGGGGCUCAACCGGUGGACGGGGAGACGGGAGAGAGCAUCCCAGAGCAGCUGACAGGUCUUGGCUCACAGACUUCACUGUCACUACAGGAGUGCUUGAGGCUGCUGGAGGCCACGUUCCCUUUUGGAGAAGAAGCUGAGUUUCCGGUCGCAGUUGUUAACCCAGAAAUACAAGUGUCCAAUGAGGAGGUUCCUUCCACGUCUCAGAGCCUCCUCCUGGCGCCUCCGCUGCCCCCAGCUGAGCCACAGUUGGACCUGGAGCAGCAGUGGCAAGACAUCAUGGCCAUCAUGGAGCUGCAGGCGAUGGAAGUGAACGACACUUCGCUCCAAACCAGCUCCAGCAGUGGGAGCACCACGAACGAGACACCCGACUCCAACACGGUGGGAAACUUUGGACUUUCCACACGUCCCACACCAGUAAACCAGGAUGUGAGCCUCCACCAGGCUUCCCUCCCCAGCUGCAGCCAAGACUUCCCCCACAUUUUCAACCCUCAGCUGGACUCUGCAAGCGUCACCCCACGGCCCAGCAUGCGCAGGCUGUCCUCCAGCAACUCCACCAACGUCAACUCCACGUUUGGAGCCACUAACCUGACUGGGAUCUUUCUCCCGCCCGUAAACAGUUCCAGCAACGUCACAUCUGCACCCAGCUUGUCCGAUCCAUUCACCACUCUGCUGGAGGAGUCCAUGCUGGAUGAGAUCAGCCUCCUGGACCUCGCCAUGGAGGAGGGCUUCAGCCAGGCUCAAGCCUCCCAGCUGGAGGACGAGCUGGACUCAGAUUCUGGUCUUUCUCUGGACUCCAGCCACAGCCCGGCCUCCCCAAGCAGCUCUGAGACCUCCUGCUCGUCCGCAGCUUCUUCCUCCUCAACUUCUGCCAACUUCUCUGAGGAGGGAGCUGUCGGCUACAGUAGUGACUCUGAGGUGGCCACCGUGGAGACAGAGGAGGGGGCCGUUGGGGGUUACCAACCUGAAUUCAGCAAGCUCUGCCGUAUGAGCUACCAGGACCCCUCCCAGUUUCAGAACCUCCCUCAGCUCGACGGCAUCGGCCACAAUCACACUUACAACCUGCCGCUCUCCUCUGCCUUCGCUGAGCACCCCGAGCUUCCCGUUUCGACCGGGAAGAAGACGGUUCACAGCAAACACAGCUCGAAGCUUCAGCCUCCUCAGGACCUGCUCGACAAACACUCGAGUCGUGACGAGCGCCGAGCGCGGGCCAUGAAGAUCCCCUUGUCCAACGAGAAGAUCAUCAACCUCCCCGUUGAAGAGUUCAACGAGCUCUUAGCCAAGCACCACCUGAGCGAAGCCCAGCUCGCCCUCAUCCGCGACAUACGCCGGCGCGGCAAGAACAAGAUGGCAGCCCAGAACUGCCGCAAGCGCAAGCUGGAGACCAUCAUAAACCUGGAGCAGGGCGUCCAAGACCUGAGGCGCGACAAAGCCCGUCUGCUGAAGGAAAAGAUGGAGUUCCUCCGCUCCAUCCGGCAGAUGAAGCAGAAGAUGCAAACUCUGUGCCAAGAGGUUUUCAGUCAGCUGCGGGAUGAGGAGGGCCGGCCCUAUCCUCCCAGCGAGUACUCGCUGCAGUACGGCGCCGACGGCAGCGUGCUGAUCAUGCCCCGCAGCGUGACUGCCGCUCAGCAGAACCGUAAGCCCGAGAAGAAACAAAAGGACAAAAAGAAGUGAGGGCGGACACAUUCUAUCACUUUGCUAAAAUCAGUAAGAAAGAUUUGUGCAGACGCGAGAGAGAUGCCCUUUUUUCUUUGAGAAGAUUCUGUUGGAAGAAAAAUGGCGUUACUGCUCCUCCUGC